UCUCCUUGCUCAGCAGCUCAGGCCUCAGCUUACUGCAAAGUUCCCUCCAUCGAUACUCUCCCCGCCGUCGCUCGCGAAACAAUUAAUGGCUUCCUCUUCUUCCAGCGCUCGAAGCAGCCGCGUGGCCACAUGCCUCGUGCUGCUUCUCCUGGUCGUCAGCCUGCGAGAAGCCUCCGCCGCGCGCCCGCUCCGGCCGGCCGGCGACGUGUCCAGCGAGGUGAAGGAGAAGGACCAGGCGGUCGUCGACAAGUACACGCCGCUUCUGCUCGCCAUGCUGCCGAGGGCCCCGACUCCGCCGUCCGCCCCGAGCGGCGGCACGAACGAGGCCAGGAACUGAUGAAGCAACCGCAGGGUUUUCCAGUAGGAUAGAUGGAUCGAUCUCUACAAGAGAAAUCGUUCAGCAUACAUAUGCUCACUGGCUGAUAGUUUGUUCUGCUUUGCAGUAAAAGAUAGUUGUACAGGAUUGUUAGAGUGGGAAAAUGUAGGAUACUACUCCAAAAUUAUACCUUCAUUCUUUCGUUUA